AUGAUACUUUCUAUGUUGUUUACAGCGCUUCUCGGUGCUGUCUCCUGCACUUCAGCACUUGCCAUCGACCCAACAGGGUCGCGUCUGCAGCCUAGACAAGAUGACAAGUACCCAGCGCACACCAUUGAUCAACCCAUUGAUCACUUCCCCGACAGCGAUCGGUACCUCCCACACACCAAUGCCACGUUCAAGCAGCGGUACUUCUUCGACUCGUCAUACUACAAGCCCGGAGGACCCGUGUUUCUCUACAUCGGUGGAGAGACAUCAGGGCCGAGCCGCUUCUCCAACCUGGAGACCGGGAUUAUUCAGAUCUUGAUGCAGGAGUUCAAUGGUCUUGGCGUCAUCCUUGAGAACCGAUACUACGGAGAGAGCUAUCCCUUCGACGAAAGCACCACGGACAACCUGGCCUACCUGACGACUGAGCAGACCAUUGCUGAUAAUGCCUACUUCGCCACACACGCUGUGUUCCCCGGUGUCGAUGCCGAUCUCACAGCACCAGGUACACCUUGGAUUCUGUACGGUGGCAGCUUGGCCGGUGCACAGACAGCCUUCUCGGUCAAGCAGUAUAGCGAUAUUCUAUUUGGCGGCAUCGCCAGCAGCGGCGUCAUCCACGCUGUCCACGGCUACCCGGAGUGGUACGCGCCGAUUCAGAAAUAUGCGCCGCAAGACUGCGUAGCCAGCAUCAACCACAUCAUCGACAAGUUCGACACGCUGGUACUGGAGGGCCAGCGCGAUGCCAUCAAUACCUUCAAGUCACUCUUUGGUCUGGAGAGCCUGACGGAUGACCGGGACUUUGCCAUGACAAUUGCCUUCCCACUCGGCGGGCCCAUGAACUAUCCCACCAACACCUGGCAGGAGCUCGGGUGGAACUCGUCCUUUGGAUCUGAUGAUUUCUGGAACUUCUGCAACAACGUCACUAACCUGUACGCUCCGGAGGAAAUCACCAAAGUGGACUAUGUACUGGCCAACUAUACCAACGGGGAACCGUGGACCAACCUGGGUAACUAUGCCAACUACGUGAAGGAAGUUGUACUUGGGUACUGUCCCAGCGGUGACUAUGGGAACAGCGAAUGUUUCAACACGCAGAAUGAAACAUACUGGGCCGAUACAACCAACACAGCAACUCGCUCCUACCUCUACUCCACCUGCACCGAACAAGGCGCCUACCAAGUUGCCCCCGUAUUCGGACCCUCGUUAAUCUCCCGCGUCCUUCAACUCGACUACACCCAACAGUGGUGCACCUGGGCCUUCCCCAAGGGCCAAUACAACUCUGUGCCCCCAACUGGCCCGAACCUAUGGUGGUACAACCACUUCGGCGACCUGGACUUCAGCGCGGACCGACUUGCUUUUAUCGACGGCGAUCAGGACGUCUGGCUCGAUCUAUGCUACCAUUCCAACGAGGCCCCGCCGCGGUUGUCGUCGGAUUUGCAUCCUGAACUUUUGAUUAGCGGGGCGGGUCAUCAUUGGGACUCGUAUGGGAUUUUGGAUGUUGAUGCUGAGCCGCAGUUUAUUCGGAAUGCGCAUUUGUGGGAGAUUAGGACGGUGGAGAAGUGGUUGAGGACGUUUAAGGAUUGGAAGUCGUAG